ACGGGCGUGCUGUCGCGAGAGCAGCGUGUCGGGUUCACAGCACUGGAUUGAAGGCUGGAUUGUGCGCCUCUCCUCUCCGUCGUUAUUUUUACCGGGACAGCACGAGACUGGAACGGGACACUAACGGGACCCGAGGCAGAGUGAGAGCAGAGAAGAGAUAUUUAGCUGAACAGAAGUAAAGGACUGUGGAAGGACUGAAGACACCUGCCUGGCAAAACUUACCAGAAAGAGACCAAAGCUCUCCAUCGCUCUGUCUCCCUAUUCUCUUUGUUUGUCAUUCUCUCUCUAAUGGGAGUAACUUAGAACACGUUGCUCCAUCUCAUUCCCCUGUCCCUCCCUGGUGACGGGAGCGCCCAGCAGGAUGUGAUGUCGUGGAAGAGGAACUACUUUGCGUCAGGCGGUGGCAGCGGAGAUCCUGGUGGAGGGCUACAGGGACUGAUCACGACCCCUCGGACUAUGGCCUCCUUCGCCCCGAUUAAAGGCCUUAGCAACGAACCUGGACAGAACAGCUGCUUCCUAAACAGUGCUCUGCAGGUCCUGUGGCAUCUGGAUAUCUUCCGUAGAAGUUUCCGCCAGCUGACCACCCACAAGUGUAUGGAAGACUCCUGUAUCUUCUGUGCCCUCAAGAGUAUCUUUGCCCAGUUCCAGUUCAGCAGUGAGCGUGUGUUACCGUCCGACAUGUUGCGGAGCGCACUAGCCAAGACCUUCCAGGACGAACAACGCUUCCAGCUGGGGAUCAUGGACGACGCAGCAGAAUGCUUUGAGAACCUGCUGAUGCGUAUCCAUUUCCACAUCAGCGCAGAGACCAGAGAAGACAUCUGUACGUCUAAACACUGUAUACCACACCAGAAGUUUGCCAUGACGCUGUUCGAACAGUGUGUGUGCAGUAGUUGUGGAGCCUCGUCGGACCCCCUUCCCUUCAUUCAGAUGGUUCACUACAUCUCUACCACGUCCCUCUGUAACCAGGCGGUGAGGAUGUUAGAGUGUAGAGAGAAGCCCACCCCCAACAUGUUCGGAGAGCUGCUCCGCAACGCCAGCAACAUGGGGGACCUACGCAACUGCCCGAGUAACUGUGGGGAGGUGUUGCGUAUCCGCCGUGUGUUGCUGAACUCUCCAGAGAUCGUGUCCAUCGGCCUGGUGUGGGACUCAGACCACUCUGACCUGGCUGAGGACGUCAUUCACAGCCUGGGCACCUGUCUACGCCUGGGGGAUUUGUUUUAUCGUGUGACAGAGGAGAGAGCUCGUCAGGCUGAGCUGUACCUGGUUGGUAUGGUGUGUUACUAUGGCAAACACUACUCCACAUUCUUCUUCCAGACUAAGAUACGGAAGUGGAUGUACUUCGACGACGCUCAUGUCAAAGAGAUCGGUCCUAAGUGGAAGGACGUGGUGGCACGCUGUAUAAAGGGUCACUACCAGCCUCUAUUGCUGCUCUAUGCUGACCCCCGGGGGACGCCGGUGGUAUCGCAGGACAUCUCCUCCCUGUCUAACCCCCAGUUGGACCUGCUGCACUGCAGCAAGGCAGGAUAUGAGAGCGAGGACUCUGGACGGGAGCCCUCCAUAUGCAGUGAUGCCCGUACAGAUUCCUCUGACAGCUCCAGCCACCGAGACUCUCGAAAUCAUCCUGUCCGCCAGUCAACAGGCAGCCACCUGUCCAACAAAACGCAGACCAUCGUUGUCGGUAACCAUGACAACAGUGCAGUUGAAGCAGCAGAGACCCCCCUCUGCCCCCCCUCCCCUCCCCUGCAGCAGGGUGACUAUAAAGAGACAGCUGUGUUCCUCCUUUCCUCUCGUCGCCCCACGUCAUCUUGCUCUUCCUCCCAUCCUCUCUCCUCAUGUUCCUUCCAUCCCCCCUCCUCUACCUGUUCCCCCUAUCCCGUCUCCUCCUCCUGCUCUUCCUCCCGUCCCAUGUCCUCUUCCUCCUCCUCGGGGAUAGGGGGGUCUGUACUGGGAUCUGAGGCAGGGGCCGUGGGGCCACACUGGGAGGAUGAGAGCACCAGCAGUGAGUCCAAGUCUAGUUCGCCUGGGGGUCGAAGUUACCGGCCGGCCUGGAGGCCACGGAGGGAAGCCCUGAACAUCGACAGCAUCUUCACCUGCCAGAGAGGCUCUCCGCUGGGCUACAGGACCCUGCCUGGGCCCCCUCUACCUUCUGAGUUUCAACAACACUGUCCAACUAACACGGCUGAUCUGCAGGGGGCAAGAGAGAGGGCCGUAGGUGGUGUGGGGGGAGAUACAGAGGGGGUGGCAGGGAUGCCUGGGUUGCUAGGCAAUGGCGCGGACUGCCCCCCUCCUCCCCCGUUGAGAGGGGCGGAGUCUCAGCCUCGUCUGAUCCAGAGGAUGGAGAGUGGUUAUGAGAGCAGCCCUGACAGGUACACACACACGUACGCACACACACACAUACUGUUAGAUAUGUUUUGUAGUCUCACAUCGUUUCUCUCCUUCUCUCUCAGGGAGGUAGGUCAGAAGCGUGUGUUGAUGUCUGGUCCAUCAUGGCGCACGGUGCCCAAGUCUAAGAGCACUAGUGCCAUCCUGCAGGAGCUGCCAGCACCUCUCUGGGGCUGCAACAACAACCUGGGCGCUGGCCGUAGCGAGCUGGAUGAGCUUCAGGAGGAGGUAGUGAGGAGAGCGAGGCAGCAGGAGCAGCAGAGGAGGAAGGAGUCGGAGAAAGAAGCUGCCGUGGGAUUUAACCCCAGACCCUCCAAAUACAUGGACUUAGACCAGCUACAACACCAAGCUGUGCUCAGCCCCCUGCAUGAGGCUAAUUCUCAUAGUGGAUUGACUGUAGCUGCGUGCAUGAGGAGCACUGCGGAGCCAAUAACACAGGAGCAGGAUAUGGAGCAGGAAACAGGAAGCGCCAGUCCACAGGGACAUCGCAGUGAACAGUCUGGCCCGCUCCAAGUACUGCUGACGCCCAAUCAGGAGGGGGAAGAGGUCCGGCCAGCCUACCAGGAUGCAACCCUGGGCCCUGGUCAGCCCCCUCUCCACUCAUCCCUCCCACGCCCUUCUACCAACAACCCCCCAGCACAGGUUGAGGAGGGUGAGAAGGGGGAGCAGGUGAGGAGGGGUGAGGGAGGACAGGGAAUGAGCCUGGAGGAGUUGUUACAGGCUGGGGGUGUGAGACCUGUUGGCAGACACCUGGCCAUCUCUCUCCCCUCUCUAUCUCUCAGACUCUGGGAUAUGUCUCACACACACGCUCCCCCCUCACACACACACUCUUACUCUGACCCCCAAUACACACACCCUCCAUCCUCACAUACAAACCCUGAGCACCCACACACACACUCCGACCGUCCACCCACCCCCUGCUCCUCCCGCAGUCAGCCCCACCCCUCACCCUCCACUGCCUCUACACAUUGGCCCGAUCAAGGUUCCGCCGCCAACACCUUCACACGUCAUUGGUCCUCCUGGAGCGUGGACCGCCCAGAUGCCGUGGUUACGCCAUAUGACACACCUCCAGACCGCCGCCUCCCCUUUAGGCCACACCUCCCCUACCGAAACUACAACUCCCAGCCUGCCCCUGGGCAGCAUGACGCCUGUGACCCUGAGGAGGCAGAGUUUUCAGAGCUGGACUUCCUAUACCGGGCCAGCCUCCAGGCAGGAUGUAGAGGUGGUAGCCCGGUCAGGAGGCUGCAGUGUGGGGUAGGAGGGCCAGCCCGUUCUCUCACCCCCAAUGCCAACAUGGAGAGGAGUGUGUACCAGACUGACUGCAGCAGCACAAUGGUCCACAGUCUGAGCGGCACAAUCAUCAACCCGCGUCGCCACCGUCUUGCCGCAACACGCAGCUUUGCUCCUUCCAGACCAGCCCUCUGGGGUCCUAACCCUCCACACCGCUACAGGCUCCUUCCAGACCAGCCCUCUGGGGUCCUAACCCUCCACACCGCUACAGGCUCUUUCCAGGCCAGCCCUCUGGGGUCCUAACCCUCCACACUGCUACAGGCUCCUUCCAGGCCAGCCCUCUGGGGUCCUAACCCUCCACACCGCUACAGGCUCCUUCCAGGCCAGCCCUCUGGGGUCCUAACCCUCCACACCGCUACAUGCUCCUUCCAGGGCAGCCCUCUGGGGUCCUAACCCUCCACACCGCUACAGGCUCCUUCCAGGCUAGCCCUCUGGGGUCCUAACCCUCCACAGCUACACUGUAAGCCCCAAUGUGCUGUCAUUACUCAAAACGUUUGAGGAAACUCUUUGCACUUAAUAUAUACAUUUUUGUAAUUUGGCAGAUGCUCUUAUCCAGAGUGACUUACAGGAACCUCUAACCCAUGCCUCCAAUAUAAUUUCCCAGUAUGCCUUGCCUUUUUGAGGGAAUUGUAGAGUUACCACCCAUUACUGUAUUUGUUAGUGACAUGGUUGUUGAAUUCAUUCCUUUUAUAUUUGCCCUGUGACCUUCACCAAUUGAAUUCCAAGAUAAAUGUUAUCAUUAUAAUUAUAGUCUUUAUUACUUAUCUCAUAAGGCCUUAUUUUGAGGCCUAGUGUUACCCUAAUACAGUGGCCUGAAACUCAUGGUUUACAGGCCACAUCAGGCCUGCGAAUAGGGUUGCAAACUUCUGGAAUCUUUCCCAAAAUUACUCGAUUUUCCAAAAAAUCCUGGUUGAAGGAUUUCCGCACAACGUACCCAAUUUUUGCCAUCCCUACCUGAAAAUCACAUUAGGCGGGCCUGCAAAGUGAUGUGUAAAACAGUUGACAUUUUAAUUUACCCGCAACCUGCAUUUAUAAUGACUGCCAGGGCUAGAAACCAUUUAAACUGGAACAACCAUUUCAGAAAUGGGUGCCAAAAAAUCUAAGUAAAUGAUUGGAUUAUUUUAGAUUUUUUAAAAUGUAUCUUUGUGUAGCAUAAGAUUAAUCAAUCACUCAAUGUGCAUGCAAAAACACAUAUGAAAAACUAUUUGAAAAAAAAACUGUCUGCAGUAGAGCAUGCUGGGAAAAAAAGUUGAUUUGUUAUCAUAACUUAAAAGAGUUGAUGUGACUUCUCAUUUCGUUUUGAGUCAGUACCACAUAAACAUUUGAAGUAAAAGUGACAUUUCAUUGAUUUAAGUUAAAAAUGCCUUGGGGUUUACAUUGUACACACACUUUCCAGGGCGGCCCUCUGGGGUCCUAACCCUCCACACUGCUACAGGCACAUUCCAGGGCAGCCCUCUGGGGUCCUAACCCUCCACACUGCUACAGGCACUUUCCAGGGCAGCUCUGGGGUCCAGUUCUGACCCUCUGGGGUCCUAACCCUGUGUGGAUACUGCUACAGGCACUUUCCAGGGCAGACCUCUGGGGUCCUAACGCUCGACACUGCUACAGGCUCCUUCCAGGCCAGCCCUCUGGGGUCCUAACCCUCCACAUUGCUACAGGCACUUUCCAGGUCAGCCCUCUGGGGUCCUAACCCUCCACACUGCUACAGGCACUUUCCAGGGCCAGCCCUCUGGGGUCCUAACCCUCCACACUGCUACAGGCACUUUCCAGGGCAGCCCUCUGGGGUCCUAACCCUCCACACUGCUACAGGCACUUUCCAGGGCAGCCCUCUGGGGUCCUAACCCUCCACACUGCUACAGGCACUUUCCAGGGCAGCCCUCUGGGGUCCUAACCCUCCACAAUGCUACAGGCACCUUCCAGGGCAGCACUGCACCUCACCCACCGCCACAAUAGGGGGUUGACCAAGGACCCCCCUAUCCCCAAACACGCACAUCUCCCCACCACCGCCCCUCAGUGGUCUUCUGAACUCACCACUACUCCCAUCUCCCAUACGGGAAAAAAAAUGCAUUUCAAAUAUAUUUUUGGGAUGCAGCUUAGGACACAUGUGAAAUAUAAAACAUUUGCCAAAUAAUGUAUUGUUUAUGCAUUUGUAAAUGUAUUUUAACGUGUGAUAUACAUUUGUAAAUGUAUUCGGAAUAUAUACAUUUGUAUAGAAAUAUAUUAUUUGGCGAGUUUGGGCUGUUGCCCCUCCCUGCCCUUUUCCAACUAUUAUGUAUAUGCAGUCAUUCUCAGCUCCCCUCAGCAGGAAUUACUCUGAAACCCCAAACUAGAAAACAACAAACUCAUCUAAUUACUCUUCUGUUAGCCUCCUAACAUGGACCGACUCUGAACGUCAGCCAGCUAGCCUGCCCCUCUUUGGGUCUAUAAAGGAGAAAGUAGAUUAGCUAGCCUGGUUUAGCUUCUAACCACCCUGCUUUACCUGCUCCAAUCAGAGGGGCCCUGGAACCUUCAAAUUGACAGAUCCAAAGGGGGAGGGGGUUAACGAUUACCCACGCCUCUUCCUCUUUCUUUAAUGGACAUUUCCUGUCAGAUGAUGGCACACCACACUUGGCCUGCUGUUUCCAUGGCAACCCCUGGACUAGUGUGUACGUGCCUACAUAGAUACCUAAUAGACUGAACUCUAAUAAUAACUAAAGUCAUGUACAGAAACACUAUAUAUGAAACCUGUAUGUUAUUAAGACCUUAUGGAAUGUUCAUACUAAUAAUGAUAAUAAUGAAGAUAUCGAUCAUUUAGUUGUACCUACUGGUUCAGGAGUGAGUGACCUUCACAAGUGUCCAGCUGGAGGUAACCUGACUGUCAGUUGUAGCUGCCAACUCUGUGCUCUCAUUUAUAUUAAACUACCGGACUAGCUCUUCAUUUUCUCUUAGUUUAUUUUUUUAUAUGUUUUAUUUUUGACAGAUAAUGGUAGUUAAAUGAAACAAACUUUUGCACACCUAAAGUAAUGUGAUAAAGAGCUAUGAUAGAGGGAGGGUAAGGGAACUAUGAUAGAGGGAGGGUAAGGGAACUCAAGUGUACUUUGGGAAGUGUAUUUGCUGAAGGGUACUUAAAGGGUAAAUGUUUAGUUGAGGCCUCAGGUUAACAUGAUUGGUUCUUAGUUACUGAAUCUUCCUUUGGACCUUUGUCCAGCUCUGACCCUGAUGUUACUCAGAUGUGAAUGGUGAAACACUAUAUUAUAAAUAUAUUUUAUAUAUGGUAUCUACUAUAUGUACUAGAGAUAUAUUUUAGGCUAUGCCGUGAUAUAUUUUAUUAAUGGGAAUAGUCUCUCAUCCUCCAGUUAUAACAUAGUUAUAAAAAAGUUAUAAAUAACACAUUUCAUUUCUCUGAUGUAGACUUAACUUUAAAUAUACUGACGUGUCUUGAAAUUUUACGGUUUUAUUAACCUACUGAACAUGUUAUGUCAUAAUAUAUACAAAGCAUGUCUAUCUACAUACACAAUAUGUACAAAGAUAUAAUACAUUAUAACUAAUCCCUAUUUGGAGACUAGUGGCCGGUGCAGAACGAGAUCGAGACAGAACUGAUCAAUUAUUGUUGUAUCUAAACCAAAGGUCGGCACUUAGACAAAGAUCUCUGUCUUUAACAUUGUCAUUUUAUUUAUUUCAGUGUAUCUGUAUGUUUUGUUAUUGUCGUUUGUGUUGUGGACGUGGGAGAAUGUAGCCAUCUGUAGCGCAUGAGUCCGCUAUGCAAAUUAACCUUCCCUCCUGACCCUUGACCUCUGACCUGACCGGCCCGGAAACAGGAAGUGGAUACGCCCACGAACGGACACUUUAUUUACAAAAUGAAGUACGGAAGAUACAUGAUUAAAUGCCGCUGUUGAACUCUGUAGUAAGUCAUAGGCUCGAUCCCAAAUGCCACCAUAUUCCCUACAUAGUACACACCACUUUUGGCCAGAGCCCGACAUAGGGAAUAGUGUGUGAUUUCAGAUUUGCGCCAUAUACAGUGGAAGUCGGAAGUUUACAUACACCUUAGCCAAAUACAUUUAAACUCAGUUUAUCACAAUUCCUGACAUUUAAUCCUAGUAAGAAUUCCCUGUCUUAGAUCAGUUAGGA